UAAUGCUGCCUAUACCUCUUCGGUGGGCACCCGAAACACGUUCAGCCAAGCCAAGCGGAAUAUUCGCAGGUACCCGGCCUCACCUUGGAAUUGGGCCUCGUGUUCCUCUUCGAACAACUACCCAUCAGACAGAGGUACCCCUUUGUUGAAUUGUCGUGCAAAGGAGCAUGUUGCUUUCAAGCAAAACAUCCUCGGUCUACCACAGAGCUAUGGACUCCAUCACCGUUGUCGGCGCCAAACAACUGGAUGUUGCCCUUUGUACGAUGAACUCCGUAUGCUCUCCCUUGGAGGUGGAGAUCAACGAAGCUCGAAUCGCCCUGCAGAGAGAUGGAGUAGAGUUAUUAAACAUAGAGUCUAUGCUCAAUAGCCUACAGGCUGAUAUCGAGGCGAUACACGUGCGCAUGUCCCUUCAGCAAGAGAAGCGGCACGAAGUCCAAACUCGCAUCCUCGCAAACAGAGCUCGCAUCAGCCCUGUGAGGUUCCUUCCCACAGAAAUUAUCCAGCAUAUAUUCAAAUUCUGCCUCCCCGACGAUCGAUAUAUCAUUCCCCACAUACAGUCCGCCCCGCUUUUACUUUGCCAGAUUUGUCGUCGCUGGAGGGUCAUUGCACAGGAAACGCCAGAACUCUGGUCUUCUAUUGAUGUCCAUGAUUGGGGCGUCUGGACCGCAGACCUAUAUACGGCGAUGGUGGCCCGCUGGCUUGCAGCAUCACGCACCCGUCCGUUGGCUAUCAGUGUGAUGUGCCUCCAGAAAUGGGACUGGUUUCGUCGAUGCGAUCCAACGGAAUCAGGGCUUUUCCGUCUUCUGGUCUCACACUCGGCGCGGUUUUAUGAUCUUCAUGUACAAGCCAGUUACGGCUACAUCAACGCAUUCCUGACCAGCAGCUCCCCUGCCACUGUGAAACACGUUUUGAUAUCUGUAAUGCCGUCGACAUCCCUUCCCAACUUCGACCAUCCUCUUCCCCUGUCGAAUAUCACGCACCUUGCUCUCUGCGGGAAGGGGGCAUUCAUUAACAUUAUCCCACACACCACGUUCCCUCAAAUCACACACCUCACACUCGACAGAUCAGGGGCGGAGGUCAACUUUAUGAAAGUCCUUCUUGAUUUCCCUGCGCUAAUCCAUCUAAAAAUCAAGCUUUCCGGUUGCCGCGGAAGCUUGGACGUGACGCCUCCUCUUGACACGAUGCCCUUCAAGCAUCGUGCCUUGGAGAUCCUGAGCAUCUACCUAUCAGAAGAUGCAGUUCAGUUUGGGAAUGUAGCACCCUUAUCUCGCAUUUUCGAUGUGCUAUCUCUGCCAUCUUUGCGAGAAUUGGCCUUUUUUGCUCUAGACCCCAGCUGGGAAGCUAUCGUCGACGAAUGGCUUCCUGAUUCGGUGAAGGCAUUGUUCAACAGGUCGUCGUGUUCGACCAAACGUCUUCUUUACCGCAACUUCAAAUGCACUCUGGACAAGAAUGACUUCGGUGAACAGCUUAGGAGCCUUGCCAUUGACUUGAGAGUUGAAAAAGUGGGCUUCGGCUGUCAUUGGUAUGACAUUGCAUCUUAGCAAUUUUAGCCUUAUGCUACGCCAUACAUUUCAUAUGCACAUAUCAGUAGGUAUUAGGUUGGUAGAUUGUACUGAUAGGGACAAUACAGCGAAUACAACGAGUGGAGUUGAAAUAUCAUUAUUGACCUCUAGAUCUAAGAAAGUCUGUCCAGCACUACGUCACAUGAAAAUAGUGGAGCAUCUCAACAGCAUUUACUCGU